AUGGUGAGGUUGGAUUAUCGAGUUACAUUUUUCUCCUUAGCUAUUACGCUACUAUGCGUGCGCAUUGACGCUUCAAUACAUGAAUACUUCGGCGAGCAGUUCGUGAGCAAGGGCAAUGCCUUCGUGGUUCACGGCGGAAGCGAGGGAAUUUACUCUUCUACACCGAGCCUCAACGAGUCUUCCUCCGGAGACUCUUUCAUACGUUUUGAGAAGAUCAUAUUUAGGAGGCCUCAAGAGCUUUCAAACUUCAGCUCAGGGGCAAUUCAUGCAAUAUUAUUUGAGGUGGUUGAUAGAGAAACAAUUGGGGGAUCAGCCUAUGGGGGUCAAAGAGCUGUAUGCUGCACAGCAGAUCUUGCCAAACUUGGAGUCUGUAAGCAAGGCCAAAUCAUUUACCGCCCAUCUACUAAUAGUCCUGGAUGGCCUCAAGUAUAUGAUACAUCAUUUGAUGUUGAUAAGGCAGAGACUAUUCUGCAGCCAAGAUCGAUACAAAUCACAAAAACUGGAAUGUACAAUUUGUAUUUUAUUCAUUGUGAUCCAAAUCUUAAAGAUGUUGUUCUUGAGGGGAAAACCAUCUGGAAGAAUCCUACUGGUUACCUACCCGGUAGAAUGGCACCACUUAUGAACUUUUAUGGGUUCAUGUCUCUUGCAUUUGUAGUGCUUGGGAUCUUCUGGUUUUCACAGUAUGCAAGAUUCUGGAAAGAAGUUCUUCCAUUGCAAAACAUUAUUACACUUGUAAUAACAUUGGGAAUGUUUGAGAUGGCCUUGUGGUACUUUGAUUAUGCCAAGUUCAAUGAAACCGGGGUCAGGCCAACUGGGAUCACUGUGUGGGCAGUCUCCUCUGGAACUGUGAAACGUACUAUUUCAAGAUUGAUCAUCCUGAUUGUUACAAUGGGUUAUGGUGUUGUCAGACCUACUUUAGGUGGCCUUACAUCAAGGGUUAUACUGCUUGGAACAACCUUCUUUGUUGCAUCUGAAGUGCUUGAACUGGUCGAAAAUGUUGGUGCUACAAGUGAUCUCUCGGGAAGGGCUAUACUUUUCUUUGGUCUUCCUGUGGCAAUUUUGGAUGCUUUCUUCAUUCUAUGGAUAUUUAAAUCCCUAUCCUUAACUUUGACUAAGCUUCAGGCUAGGAGGAUGGCAGCGAAACUAGAUAUCUACAGAAAGUUUACAAAUGCCUUAGCUGUUACUGUUAUCGUGUCUGUUGGGUGGAUUUGCUAUGAGCUUUAUUUCAAGUCAAAUGAUGUGUACAAUGAGCGAUGGCAGAAUGCAUGGAUCAUCCCUGCCUUCUGGCAAGUCUUGUCUUUCUCUCUCUUGUGUGUUAUCUGUGCUCUUUGGGCGCCAUCUCAGAACUCAAUGCGAUAUGCAUACUCUUCCGAGGAUGCCAGUGAAGACUUCGAUGGGGAAGAUUCUUUGACACUCAUUAAACCAUUGUCUCUAUCCUCGAAGGAUGUAAGGCGUCCUUCAGAACUCAGAUCAGUGGAAAGCAGCAAUGGUCUAUUGUCCCAUGGUGAUAACGAAGAGGGCAAGACUCAAUGA